GUCGUUGUUCCGGGGAAGCAAACAGCGCCCGGUUUCCAGUCCGCCCUGGAAUGGAGUCCGCGGGCGGCUGGGGCGGGUAACGCCUGUGGCGCUGGCAGCCCGGAGAUGGGCUCUGACCACCCGUGACAGGAUCACUCACUCGGCAGACGGCAGGUGUGUUUCUAAAAAAUGCCACGAGCAAAUGAAGCAAGUGAGCGGUUAGGCCCAACCAAAGAUGCCGUUAUUCCCCCAAACCACAAACAGCAGCUGUUUUGUGAGCAUUGCCAGGACCACUUUGUGAAGAACUGCCCAGUGCACGGCCUUCCACCUUUUAUAAAAGAUACUCCGGUGAAACUUGGAUUGCCGUGCCGAGCUUUCUACACACUCCCUGCUGGUCUGGCAGCAGGACCCUCCCAUGCUCAAAAAGACCGGCUGGGCAUAUGGUGUGUUUCUACGGUACUUCCCAGAGGAACAUUCUUUGGACCUCUGGAAGGAAAACUGGAAUGUGACAAUGUAGUUGGAAGUGCAUCCAUCAUUUCAAAGAAGGUUGGUGCAGACGGUGGUGUAAAAACAGGAGAAGCUCAGGUCAGCCCGUCCCUCUCAAACUGGAUGAGAUAUGCAAACAAAGCAGGAACAAAAAAAGAGAGCAAUGCAGCCAUUUUCCGGUAUUCUGGGAAGAUCUACUUUCGGGUUUGUAAAGACAUUAAGAUGGGCCAAGAGCUUCUAUUAUGGCCUGAGAAAAAUCGUGUUCGAACAGCAAAAAAAGUAAAUCGCGCACAGGAGGAGAAUGAGAUUACCAGUGUUUACUCAGAUGAAUUGGAUAAAGAACCUGAGGAGACGAUACCAAGAGAUGCUGCUGAAAAGUUAGCCGAGGCACUUCGAUCUGUGCAGCCGUGCCCCAAGCCAGCUGUAUCCAAGAAGGCGCCAGAACUCAAGGACAUGGAGAAAAUAGAUCAGCCUGUUAAAAGGUCACAGCGACUUCAAAACAAACGUGAAAUUCAGAACAAUGUGUCAGUGAAGAAAGUGAACUGGCUUGCCUUCGCAUGCAAACCCAAGUUAGGCAGGACAAGAAAAACUGACCAAGUGAUGCUCCCGGUUCUUUCCUCGGAACAGGAUGACAGCGAGAAACAGAAUGAGCCAGAGAUAGGCAAACUGACGCAAAAGGCUGGUGACAUUGAGGCAAAAAGCAAUCGAUUUCGACUUGGUGAGCGGUUUUUGCGAUCAUCUAUAGGCAGCAAGGCUCAAUGGAUACACUCCAGAUUCAAUUCAAACACACUGAAAGUGCAAAUAAUGCAAAAGGAUAUACUGAAAAAGAACAGGAAGAAAAUAAAGUUGAGAGACAAUCCGAAGGGGACCAAUGAGGAUAAAGAAGAAUGCAGUGAACAAAACACAGAGACCGAGUCAGCUGAGGUUUGUGGGGAAGUAAAAUCAGGUGGAGAUUUCCCCACGUGUCACAAGGAAGGGGUGGAACAUAAACCUCCAGUAGAAAACGGAGAGCCUGGCCGAACGAAAUAUAAUCGCACACGUAAAACCAAAUUGGUCAUAAGUAAGAGGCUUUGCCGGCGUAACAGUUCCCAGAUUGACCCCAGUGAGAGGAGGUACAAGUGUGAGGACUGUGGGAAAGGAUUCAUCCAGUUGUGCCACCUGAAGAAGCAUCGGUUCACCCACACAGGGUACAAACCAUACAUGUGCAACGAGUGCGGGAAGCGCUAUAGCUCCGAGGAGAGUUUUAGAGCUCACCAGAUGCUACACAGAGGAGAACGUCCAUUUAAAUGUCAGAAGUGUGACAAGGCCUACGCGUUGAAGCGGGAUCUUCGAGAGCAUGAGCGUGUUCAUUCAGGGCUACGCCCAUUCGUGUGCAAUGAAUGCGGAAAGGCAUUUGCCAGGCCACCAUCACUCCGGAUUCACAAGAAGAUCCAUCGCAUGAAGGCCAUGAACAUUGGCAACCCACGGGCCUGUCGUUGCAGUGUGUGUAACAAGAUGCUUGCCAACCCCGGCUCGCUCAAGAACCACAUGAGGCUGCACACAGGUGAAAAGCCAUUCACUUGCACGUACUGUGGCAAAGCCUUCAGGCAGAUUGGCAACCUCAAAGGGCAUCAACGAAUCCACACUGGGGAGAAACCAUACAAAUGUGAGGACUGUGGUGAGUUCUUCUCACAGUUGCCUGAACUGCGCAGACACCGCAUUUCUCACACAGGACAGGUUUAUCUCUGUCCAAUAUGUGGUAAAACAUUGAGAGACCCACACACUUUCAGAGCUCACGAACGCCUGCAUACAGGAGAGCGGCCCUUUAAAUGCGAUCAGUGUGGCAAGACCUACACCCUUGCUACAAAGCUCCGCAGGCACCAGAGAAUCCAUUUGACUGAAAAGCCGUUUAAAUGUGACAUCUGUGGCAAAGGAUACACCAUGACCCAGAGCCUAAAGAGACACAGGAUGUCUCACGAUGAAAGCGAAACACAGAGUUCAGAUGAGGUCGAAGAAGCCAUCGCCUCUUUGGAAAAAGAAAGCUCCGAAAGCAAAUCUCCUAUGGUUACACGAAAUCGAGUUAGGAAAGUGGAUUUAAAGACUGCUGGUCAAGAGACCAAUAGCUCCCCGAGCAAUGAGAGUGUUGUGUUAAAUCUUUAUGUGCAUAGCAUUGAGGUGGUAGGCGGGGAUCACAAUGACAAUGUGAUGGUAGAUACUGAUAGGCAGGGUGCCAGUGAAGAGAGCAUUACACUCCAGCAGGGGGAGUGCAAUGUAGCCAUGGAGACAGAAGGAAUGGUCAAAGACAAUUCACAAGAUGUAGUCACUCAGGCCUUAGCGGGAAAUCAACAACAUGGGAAUGAAGAGAUAAUAGAAAUCAUUAUUUCAGACACCGAAAAUCCCACAGAUGGAGGUACUACCCAGGCUAUGAUAGAGCUGGAAAAAAUUGCCAAUAAUAAUGAUAUUGUUAUUGAGGAGGACAUUGGGUUUAAUGCCGUGGCUGAGAUAGUAGAGAUAUCAACUGGAAAUUGAACUUGCAAUAACAAUGUCUUUAUUAGUGUGCCCAACUUUGUAUUAAAAGUGUUUCUUGCAUUUGAAAACCCGGAACAGUUACAUUUUUAGAUCUUGCCUGAUAGUAAUGGAUCUUUCUGCAAUAUUACUGAAUUGACUACCAUUAAUUGUACAAACGCUGGACGCAGAAUCCUUGCACUCAACCACACAGAUUUCUUUGCGAGUGUAAUUUUGUAAAUCAUUAUAUUUUUUAUAUAGUAGAUUUAUUUAUAAUCCAGUACCAGAAUUAACGUGGUACUUAACAUAGAGCAUGUGUGAGAAUGUACUUCUUUUUAAGCCCUUUGCUCCUCUAGGGCGCAUAAGCCAUUGACAAAUGUCCUCCACCUCACUCGGUUGUUGGCAAUUCUUUCGAGAUCUCCCCAGUUGAGCCCACUCUCAGACAUUUCUGUCUGGAUACCUCUUCACCUGUUCCUGGGGCGACCUCUUUUCCCUUUUCUUUGGGGGUUCCAUUUGAGGGCUUGCUGGGUGAUUUUUGUGGCAGGUUUCCUGAGGUUGUGUCCAAUCCAACUCCAUUUUCUCCUUUGAAUUUGUAAGUCAAUCAGCUCUUGGCUUGUUCUUUUCCGCAGGUCCACAUUGCUUACUUUGUCUCUCCAUCAGGUGUGGAGUAUUCACCUAAGGCAGGUGUUAAUGAAUGUUUGCAGCCUGUUUGUAGUGUGUUUUGUUGUUUUCCAUGUCUCUGAUCUAUACAGCAUCACCUGUUUCACAUUUGAGUUAAAGAUGCAUAUUUUGGUGUUGAUUGAGAUGUGUUUUGAGCUCCAGAUCUUCCUGAGCAUGUUAAACACCACCCUAGCCUUAUUGAUUCUACUUUUUAUGUCUGCCUCUGCCCCUCCGGUGAUGUCCACAACACUGCCUAGGUAUGUGAAUGUUUCUACCUCUAGAGCAGUGCUGUGCAUUAGGAUAGGGUUGCUGGUUUUGGAGUGGAUCGUCAUCACCUGUGUCUUUGCUGUAUUGGGUGUAAGACCAAGUUUUGUUGCAGCUUGUGCGAGUCUGUCCAUCAUCUGCAUUUGUAUCUGUGUGUGUGAAAGGAGAGCUAUGUCGUCACCAAAGUCACGAUCAUCUAGCUGCUCCCACAUUGUCCACUGAAUUCCAUUUAUUUUCCCUUCAGUUGUUUCCAUCAUGAUCCAGUCAAUUACCAGGAGGAACAGGAAUGGUGACAAUAGACAUCCCUGCUUGAUGCCUGUCCUGACACUAAAGCUCUGAGAAAGCUGGCCUGCAUGCAUAACUUUGCAUGAGGUUCCAUCAUACGAGGUCUUGAUUAAGUUUAUGAUCUUGGUGAGAAUUCCAUAGUGGUCCAUUAGGUGGCAUAGUGUUGUCCUGUCUAAGCUGUCAAACGCUUUCUCAAAGUCGAUGAAAUUGAUGUACAGGGACGUGUUCCAUUCAAUGGACUGCUCAAUGAUGAUGUGUAAUGUUGCUAUGUGGUCUGUGCAAGAACGAUCCUUCCUGAAUCCUGCUUGCUUGUCCCGUCAGCUUCCUGAAGACGGUUGAGGAUGAUACAGUUGAGAAUUUUACUUGGAACAGAAAGUAUGGUGAUCCCUCGUUAGUUGUUGCAUUUUCUUAGGUCACCUUUUUUUUUUGAUUUGAUUUGAUUUAAUUUAUUGUCAUUGUCUUCAAUGAAGAGACAACAAAAUUAUUUUUCCCUUACAGUCAUCCAACAUAAAUAAAAUAAAAUAAACCACAAAACACAGAACACAGUAGUCCACAACUACUGGAGGACGCAACUGGGAUAAUAGCCGCAUCCUUGCCAGGAAGCUGCUGAAGGACGGUUUUCCCCUUACCCUACCCGCUUCCCCCCACAUAAAGUACCGAAAAAAAACUAAAAAACGAAAAAAACAAAAUAAAAAAAGGCAGCCAGACCGUGGGCGGAGGCCGCUAGCAACAGCGCCACCGGAUGUCCAGGAUGGCAGUUUCAAGAUGUAUUUCUCUGCCCAAAUUCUGUGGGUGUCUUUUCCUCUUCCCAAAUUCUCCCAAAGAAGCCAUGGAGCAUGUCUGUUGAUGAGUAUAUCUACUUUCAGGGCUUCAGGUGGAAUAUUGUCAGGGCCAGCAGCCUUGCCAGUUUUCUGUUGCUUGAUUGCAGCCUUUUUUUCUGAUUUUGUAGGUCUGUCGCACUUAAUUUGUAGUGGCAUCCUGGCUUUGGGAAUGUGUGUCUAUACAGCCGAUGGUGGCCUGUUUAGGAUUUAUUGGAAAUGUUCUACCCAUCUGUCAAGCUGCGCCUCCUGGGUUGAAAGCAGUUGACCGCUCUUGUCUGUAAUUCAAAAGUUCAUUGUCAUGUGUCCCUGAUGGGACAAAAAAAAUUCUUGCUUUGCUUCAGCACACCAGUACUUAGUAGGCAUGAAUACAGAACAUAUCAGUGUGUCCAUAUACCAUUAUAUAAAUAUAUACCCACAUGAAUAAAUAAACUGAUAAAAUGCAAAUAAACAGAUCAUGGGCUAUUAAUGUUCAGAGUUUUGUCCGAGCCGAGUUUAAUAGCCUGAUGGCUGUGGGGAAGUAGCUAUUCCUGAACCUGGUCGUUGCAGUCUUCAGGCUCCUGUACCUUAUGCCUGAAGGUAGCGGGGAGAUGAGUUUGUGGCCAGGAUGGUGUGGGUCCUUGAUGAUGCUGCCAGCGACUGCGAUAGAUCCCAUCGAUGGAAGGUAGGUCAGAGCCGAUGAUGGACUGGGCAGUGUUUACUACUUUUUGCAGUCUUUUCCGCUCCAGGGCGCUCAAGUUGCCGAACCAAGCCAUGAUGCAACCGGUCAGCAUGCUCUCUACUGUGCACCUGUAGAAGUUAGAGAGAGUCCUCCUUGACAUACCGGCUCUCCGUAAUCUUCUCAGGAAGUAGAGGCGCUGAUGUGCUUUUUUUAUAACUGCAUCAGUGUUCUCGGACCAGGAAAGAUCUUCAGAUUAUUACUAUGCAGAUAUGUCAUGGACAAUUUCCUUGUGAUGGUAUAUAGCUCUCUCAUAUUCCUUUGAGUCGCCACAAUUUCUGCCUCUUUGGCUAGCCUCUCCAUCUGUGUUCUCUUGUCCCUCCUGAUGUUCUUUUGCACUUCUAUGUGGCAUCUGUUGUACUAAUUUUGGGCAAAAGUCUUUUCGGCUCUUGAUCUUGAGUUGUUCAAUUUCUCCUUUAACUUUCUCCUCUUUUGGAUUGUGUUGAGGGUUUCUGGUGUUAUCCACUCUUAGUGCUUUUGGGUCCUUCUCCCUUGGGCCUCCUCACAGGUUGAGCUCCAAGCGGCUUUUAGGUGUUCCAACUCCUCAUUUAUAGUCUAUCUUUUCUUCCCCCUCCGCUGUAGCUCUGUGUUUUUCCUUGAGAGGGUAUCCUUGAACUUCUUCACCACUUGAGCACUACUGGGGUAUUCAAUGUUGUAUUUAGCACUUUGGCUUUUAGCCUGGUGGUGUCUCUGCAGCCUCAGCUUGAAUUUCCCUGCCAGGAUGUGGUGGUCUGCAGCUGCGUCGGCUCCUCUUCUUGUUCUGACAACUUCCAUGGACCUUCUGAAUGUUUUACAGAUACAAAUGUGGUCAAUUUGAUUUUCUGUGGCAUGAUCUGAUGACACCCAAGUUAUUUUGUAGAUUGCUUUAUGAGGGAAUACACUUCCCCCAAUCACUAGGUUAUUGUUAACACAGGUCUCAGCAAACAUCUCGCCAUUUUCAUUCAUUUUCCCCACUCCAUGCUUUCCCAUUACUGCCUCACAUCCCUCGUUUUGGCCUCCAAACUUAGUUGAAGUCACCCAUCUUGAGGUCUCUGCCUCCAAUACAACCAAGUAGGUGGUUCAAGCUGUCGUAGAACCUGCCUUUGACCUCAUCCUCUGCAUCGUUGGUGGGUGCAUAACAUUGGAUUAUGUGGGCUUUCACUCUUGUUGUUGGUUUCGAAGGUUGCAUAGAUGAGGGGAAAGCUGAUGGGUUCCCAUGCCGUUAGAGCCUUUCUAACAUCCUUCGUUAUCAUGAUGGCCCCUCCCUCUGCAUGCUUCACUCCCUCCCCUUCCUGUCCGGAGUAGACAAUGGACUGCCCGCAGACCAAUUUGGUCUCUCCUGACUGUGUCCAUCUUGUUUCAGCCAAGCCCAGGACUAAAAGAUUGUAGCGCACCAUUUUGUUGGCAAUUGUGGCAGCCUUGCCAGCCUGGAACGCGUUUCGGAUGUUCCAUGUCCCCAUGAGGAUAGAUUUAUUUGGCGUCGGAAGGUGUGUCAACUUCCCAGCGCCCUUGUGGAUUUUGCUGGGGAGCAUCAUGUUCCCCAUCACUGGGGCACCUUCUUCAACCAAGUGUGUAAUUUGGUUUUCAUUCGUCAAAGUUUCUGUAACUCACACUUUUUUCCAGGGUGGGGUAGUUAACCCCAGGCCAAACCCCCAACCUGGGGGACCAGGGACUGCUUUGUCUGCCUCCUUACCCGAGACCUGUCCGGUUUGGUUGAACCUCCCAGGGAUAUGAAACCCCAUCCGGCAUAGCUCUCAGGAUCAUCGGAGUAUACACGCCUCUCUUCCAUGUCAAGGUUGCAGUCCAGGAGAGGGUGUGAGAUCGUAGCUUGGCAAAAUUGUCAGCUAUGGCGGUCAAAGAUUUCAAAACAAAACCAGUUUUACAACUAUAAGGAAAAAAGCUGCAGAACCACAAGUCUCUCGUCCAAUUUCUUUAAUGUUGCAAUUUGUGCAAUGCUAGUAUUUCCUUGUUAGGAUGUUUAGAAUAUCAUUCUAAACAUGCAGGCUAGAUCAACAUUAUUAAUCUUUGAGUGUAAAAAUCGGUGGCAAUCAAUUGCAAGUAAGGAAUUCUGUGCAUGGGUGAGUAACAUGAUCUAAUGCAAUCCUUAAAAACUCAGUAACACAGAUUUGUUUAAUGAAAAUCAAAAAAAUUAUCUCAGGAUUUGGAAUAUUACCCUUGGAUUUAUCCAGACACUGAGAUGGUAUUCCAGAGGCAUCAACUAAUGUUCAGAGAAUAUGGGUUCAAAUUUCUGGUUACAAAUUUGAAUUAAUUUCAUACAUUCUUGAAAUAAAGAAUACUAUUAUCAAUAAAAAUCAUCACAGAUCAAAA